AUGGCACACCGUGGGAACGCACUCGGCAAGGAUGUUUGUUGCAUCGACGACUUGAAGAGGUUGGGUAGUGCUCGACUCUCGCCAAUGAAUCGAGACUACUAUAAUGGGGGUGCCAUGGACUUGAUCAGCUUGCAAGACAACGAAGCCGCUUUCGAUCGCUACAAGCUUCGCCCGAGAGUCCUCAUCAAUGUCGAAAAGGUGGCCACGGAAACGGAGAUCCUCGGCACCAAGGUAUCCCUUCCUUUCGGCUUCAGUCCGACUGCCUCGCAUAAACUAGCGCACCCGGAGGGAGAGCUGGCUACUUCCCGCGCUGCGGCCAAGUUUGGAAUUUGCAUGGGUCUAUCGUCGUAUUCGACCUAUGCCCUGGAGGAAGUGAUCAAGGAAGGAAAUGGCAACCCUUAUGCGAUUCAAAUGUGCGUGCUGCGAGAUCGGUCCCUGACCUUGCAGCUCCUGGAACGAGCAGAAAAGGCGGGUUACAAGGCACUGUUCCUGUCGGUCGACGUGCCGGUCCUGGGUCAUCGCUUGAAUGAGUACCGCAACGACUUCCGAAUCCCCGUGGAUAUGUCCUACCCCAAUAUCCUCAGCAGUGGCAGCGACCGGUCCUCACGUACCGACUACGAUCCGAGUCUCGAUUGGGAAUCGGCCCUUCCCUGGCUUCGACAGCAUACGUCCAUGAAGAUUUGGUUGAAAGGCAUCAUGUCUCCAGAAGACGUGGAGCUUGCAAUUCGCCACGGUGCAGACGGUGUGAUCAUCUCCAAUCACGGGGGACGACAGCUUGACGGCGUCCCAUCCACCCUGGAUGCUUUGAGAGCUUGUGCUCCUGCAGCCAAAGGAAAAAUCCCCAUUGCCAUUGAUGGGGGCAUUCGACGGGGAUCCGAUAUAUUCAAGGCUCUGGCUCUAGGGGCUGAUUUCUGCUUCCUGGGAAGAAUCCCGAUCUGGGGUCUGGCGUAUAACGGCCAAGCAGGGGUUGAACUGGCCCUCCAAAUUCUGCAGAUGGAGCUGAAGGUCACGAUGGCUUUGUCGGGGUGCCGAACAAUCGAGGACAUCCAGAAAUGCUACCUGUCCGUACUACGACCGGACGGGGAACUGGCCAAACUUUAG